UCUCCCUCCCUCCCUCUUUCUCCCCCACGGCUCCUCAGCUCCUCACGCCGCUUCGAGGAGCGUCCGCGUAUGCUGAUCGCGCGUUUGAUGGGGAGUUACGGGACGGCCGCAGUAGUUACGGGGCUUCGCCGAUCGCGGCUUAACGUAAAUCGCUCUGCUGCCCUCUCCCUUCCCCCCCUUCCCCUCCUCCCACGCCGCCCCCCUCGGGCCGGAGGUGUGUGUGUUUGCUGACUCGUCGAUAAACAACGCCGCGCGCCGACGUCAUCACCAGGAAAACGCGCGAUGCGUGCCCCGGCGCCGCGAGCGCAACACCCGAAGGUCUCGUGAGAAAAACGAUGUCCAGGUGUCGAUAACUUUGUGACAUCCGCGCGAGGCGAGGACGGGAGAGGACACGCGUUAACCGGGGUAGCGCGGUAGGUAGGUUGGGGAAGGAAGGUAUGGAGGGUGCCAACGGUCAGCUGCAGACCAAGUAUCAGAAAAUCGCCACGGAAUACUCAAAAAUUCGUGCGCAAGCGAACGUACUGAAGAAGGCUGUGAUAGAGGAGCAAGCGCGUAACGCCGACAUCCGGAAUCAGCUGAAGGAGAGGGAGGUGGAGUUUCGCCGGGCCGAGCAGGAGAUCGACAGCCUGACGUUCCGCAAUCAGCAGCUGACGAAGCGUAUAACCGUGCUGCAGGACGAGCUCGACAAGGCGCAGAACAAGCCCAAGCGUGGUAAGGGCAGCAGAGCGUCGGAGAACAACAGUCAGAUCCCGGCGCCGCUGCUGCCGCCGCCGCCGCCGAAUAACAUCCUAGACGAGGAGUUUCAGAAGAAGAUCGUCGAGAAUGCUCAACUGCUGUCGCAGAUCAGCGACAAGGACAGCGAAAUUGAAAGUCUGUACGACAGGAUACAGCAGCUGGAGUGUAAGAUCGACUAUUGCGAGAAGUCCAAGGUAGAGUCCGAGUGCCAGUAUCAGGGCGCCGUAGACAAAUUGGAGAGAGAGAGGAACGACUUGCAGAGGAAGUUGAACGACAGGCAGAAGCAGGAGGAGACUGUGUCGUGGUCGAGUAACGAGGGUAGGCGCGAUGGUUGCGAUUUCGAUGCGAGAGGGGCGCUCUCGAAUCAUCGCCAGGCAGAACCGUCGCCGUUCUCCUCGCCGUCUGCCUCGCGCAGAUCGUCCAAGUCGCUCGGGGAGGGAAAGCCGCAAAAGUCACAGGAGGAGAGCAAUGAAUUUCUCUAUGCAAAAUCAUGUGACUUAGAGAAGGAAAUUAAUCAUUGGAAAGCCCAGUACCAUAUACUCAAGAUAAAGUAUGACGAAUUAGAACAAAGAGAGGCUACUUCGCAAAUUGAUAGCGACGCAUUGAAACCUGUGGAGAUAAGUAAUAUGAUUGGGAAAUUGAGUGCACCCUUUGCCAUACCGGAGGAGAUCGAAGCGCGUGAAUUAAAAAUUAGGGAUUACUUCCUAGAAGAGAUUGAGAGAUUGACGAACGAGAAACACGUCUACCACAUUAAAAAUGUAGCCAUGGCCGCCAAUAGCGAAGUUAUGCACGUGCAAUUAGAUACCAGCGAAUCAAAGCGAGAGAAGUGCGAAACGACGCUGUUAGAGACGCUUUCCAGUUGUAACAGUGUACAAAAAGAGAAGGAGGCGCAGGAGGCGAAUUACAAGGUACAGCUCAAUACCAUGAGCGAACAUCUUGCCAAUAUGAACGAGAAACUUAUCUUCCAAACGGAGGAGAUACAGCAAUUGAAAUUCGAACUAGCUAACAAGAAUAGUAAAAAGGGAAAGCAGAAGUGAUCCAGGUCAGAAUUGCAAAGAACAAUCAUCGACAUUCCAUUCAGUGGUAUGGUUUAAUCGCGAUCAUUAAUUAAAUUUUAUGUACAUAUUUAUAGCUCUGGAAAGCCACUGGUUUUUGCGCAUACUCGUGUCUUUAGCCUGGAGAAGCGCUAAAGAGCUCUCUAACUCAAUGUUGCGUUAUUUAUGAAAUCAAAAUAAAAGAGAAACUCAUCGACAACGUUUCUUUUUACGAACGUUGUUUAUAUUAUAAGUUUAACUAUACUGUAUAUGUGCAACGAUUACUCUCAUUUGCUCAUAAUUAUCUUAACAGCGAUAUUUACCGACACUUGGUACAGGAUAAAUUUUACAAUACUAAAUUCGU